AUGGCGGCUCUCGACAAAAUAGAACACAUCGGAGAAAAACUUAACUCCAUCAUUGAUAGACUGAGUAAACUUGACUCAAUCGAAAGCACAGUAAGAAAUAUAGAAACCAAUUUGGCGAAUCUCAAGACAAGAACAGCAAAGCUCGAAGAGUUUCAAGCAACGGCCAAGACUGACAUAGCUGAUCUAAAGAAGUCUUGCAGUUUCAAUACUGACAAAUGUAAGGAAUAUUGAGGUGAUUUAAAAAAUGAGAUUGACAAGCAGAAUGAAAGAAUUACCUCUCUGAUUGAGAGUGAGAAGAAACUCAACCACCAAAUGGACGAGAUAAUAUCCAAGAACCUUUAUCUCGAAGCUUACUCCAGGAGAGAGAAUAUUAAAUUUUUUAAUAUCCCUGAAGCACGAGAAGAAGAUACCGAAGAAGUUCUAAGAAGUUUCAUAGAGAGAGAUCUCGGAUACCGUAAUGGCUGCAGCGUGGAAAUCCAACGCGUACACCGUCUAUAA